UUAAUAACUAAAAGCUGAAUUUCUAUCUACUGUAUUCUAAAGUAUCCUCCCGAUAAAUUCCUUAGUUCUAAUUACUAGCAGCUUAAUUAAAUAAACCUUGCGCCCUCGCUUAAUAUUUCACCGCCAAUCGUCUGAGAACGUCGUCUCCCGUUCACUAACUGCUUACGUGAGGGGGUUAAUUACUGUCUCACGGACAGCACUGCCUCAAUGGGCCCCUUGAUCAACCCGAAACUGCGGGAUUAAGAGGUUGACAGUUUCAUUCAGCAUUCUUCAAAAACCUUGCCUCUGGAGACGACGUACUGGCAGCGAUUAAACUGGAAGCGUUGGAAUGCCUGGGAGAGAAACAAACCGAGAUCCGCUACAGCCGAUGCUGCUUGCGGCCACUUCAUCUGGGAGCGUUCCCUCUGAGCCUGAGAUCCUGGCCACGUUUGAUCGGCUGGUCAAGGAUGAUGUGAUCCAGUACGACUACUCGUAUGCAACAGAGACCCGAAAGAUCAAUGGAAUUCAUUUCGAAUUCCGCAUCUCCAAAGCCCUCGAGAACAAGCCUGCCACCCCUCUCUCUGUGGUUCUGAAUGGCUCGACGGGAGAAAAUCCGAGACCAGGUAGCGAUAUCAAUACAAUCGGCACCGAGAUAUGCAAGCUGGGGACUGCGCACUUCCUCGCCUUCAACGGCUUCGCUUCAUAUCGCCCCCAUUACCUGCUUCUCACCGCCGACGGCCAUAGAAGACAACGGGAGCCGCUGGACAUUGAAGACUUUCGCGCAAUCCACGCAUUGCUUAACAUGAAUGGUAGUGACCAUCUCAUCUUCUUCAACUGCGGCGCCGAGGCGGGGUGCAGCAGGGAACACAAGCAUCUCCAGGCCAUACCCAAGGAGUCCUUUGACGGAGCGCCGUGGUGCAACCUGGACCAAGCAGAAGAAACCCUGCCGUUUGCCUACUACGAACGCAAAUUAGAAGAAGACCUAGACCCAGACGUUAGCCUGAUUAUAUACAGGGAGGGCCUGCAACAAGUCGAGCGCGCCUUGAACCGGAAGACUACCAAGGAGGGCGGAGCCCCGCCGCACAACAUGAUCAUGGAUAGGCACAGGAUGGUCAUGAUUCCCAGGAGCAAGGCUGGCAUCGACCCUCUCGGGGCCAACUCUGGUGGAAUGCUGGGCAUGAUCUGGACAAAGAACGAAGAGACGAUGCAAAAAUGGCUGGAAAUCGGGCCACAGAAGAUCUUGGAGGCCGGAGGUGUGCCGAAGUCUGAAUAGGCAUGUGCCAUUGGGAGCUGAGAGGGGAUAUGAUCCAGACUGAUGAUGGCAGAUAUAUGAGAGUCUGAUGAGCGCUGCUCGAAAUAGCCACAGCUUAAUUCGCAUUGUCAAGUCCACAUAGCGGCGCAUGAGUUUCUUACUCUCCAGCUUUCAAUAAGGAGGAUCGAUAUUUACCA